UGAUCAUUCAUUCAUCCCACCAUUACUUCCUGUUCAACAAGCUAAUUAUAAGCUAAAGUUAUAUAUAUACCAAAAUUAAAGCAACCAUGAAUCGGGCAAUGGCUUCGGCGAUCUUCAUGGCGGCGGUGCUCGCCGCACUGCGGCUCGGGCAAGCCAUGGACUGCCACACGGUGGACAUAUCCAUUGCCUCUUGCCUCAGCUACCUCCAAGGCGGCGUCGCUCAUCCUCCAAUGGAGUGCUGUGACUCCUUCAGAAACCUGCUCAGAUAUACUCCGACGAAGCAAGAUAGACAGACCGCCUGCGAAUGUCUCAAAGUCAUCGCCGCUAGACCCGACAUCAAGGCCGACGUUGCCGUCUAUCUUCCCCGGAGUUGUGGUCUUAUCAGCAGUUUUACUAUCAGCCGCGACAUCAACUGUCAAAACGUCGUUUGAAGUUGAGGACUAUAGCGGACUGUAUACACUGAUUCGAUCGAGGGGAAGCUUUGGAUAGUGGCCGCUUGAAAUAAUAUAUAUGUUUUGUGUUUACAAUAAAGAUUGAAGUGUCACUUUUGUUACAUAUAUAAUAAUGUUUAAAAGCUUAUAUGAUGUUUCAAUUCUAUGAAUAAAAUUAUCGGAUCUAUUUUAUUA